AUGAACUACAACACAGACUCUGGUAAUACAGUUUAUGUCGGGAAUCUAGAUCCAAGAAUAACGAAAGAACAACUUUAUGAACUUUUCAUUCAGAUUAACCCAGUUUUAAGGAUAAAGUAUCCUAAGGAUAAAGUUUUGCAAACUCACCAAGGGUACGCAUUCAUCGAAUUCUAUAACAGAGAGGAUGCUCAAUAUGUGAUACAAAUAAUGCAUAAUACAGUCAAGUUAUACGAUCGACUGAUAAAAGUUCGUCAAGUGACCAGUUCCAUAGGAACUUCCAAUUUAGCUUCGAAUAGUUCUAGGGACAUAACUUUACCUGUUGCUAAGUUGUUUAUAAAAAACCUAGCAGAUUCGAUAAACUGUGACCAAUUGACGAAAAUAUUUAACAAAUUUGGCAGGACAAUAAGCGAACCUAAGAUUUUUCAUCUAUCGAACGGGAAAUUGAAAUGUGCGUAUGUUUAUUUUGAAGAUUUUGAGAAAGCAGAUUUGGCAAUAAAAUCGUUGGACAACCAACUAGUGGCUAACAGUAGAAUAAAUGUUGAUUAUGCUUUUAAGGAAAGUGGCAAAGGUAACGCGAAAUAUGGCGACGAGGUUGAUAGAUUGUUGAAUAAAGAAGCAUUAAAGCAUGACAUGUUAAAAUAA